CAACAGUCGAGCGGCAGACUCGAUGCAGCAGAGCCACAAAUUCCGGCAUUACGUAUACGCCCAGUCUACGUCGAGUUGGCCACGCGUACGGACACGCGGCGCGGUUCGCUUUUAUCCGGUGGCAGCACAUUCGUUACCAACGAAUUUUCACUACCAAAAACAUCGCGAUUUGCGGCUAAUAGAAACAGCCACGGAGAAACGAUUUUGAAAUCUUAGGAUUUUGGUUUUGCUCAAAAGAAAUACCCAUUUUUUUUUGUUUGAUUUUUUGUGUCACAGUGCAAGUGUGGAAAAAAGUGUGCAAGUGUGUGUGUGGAAAGCUUGCCGGCUUGAAAAAUGCGCGCCAAAAAUUGAGAAAUUCGCAAAGCGCAGCGGCAACAAAAACAAAUAAAAACAACAUUUUGCAACGCAGCCAAAGGAGACAACACACAAAUAAACAAUCUGAAGUGCCUGGCAUUCGGGAUUCGGAAUUCGAAAAUCUAAGGACUGGCUGGGAAAUAAAAAACAAAAUAAAUGACGCAUGAUUAACAAACGCCCUGCUGUUCGUCGUCGGGAUUUUUGCGUUACGUGUGAGGGACUCUUACUGCGAGCGGAGCAGGAGCAGCAGAGAAGGAGAGAGAGAGAGGGAGAGGGUGCUAGAGCGAGACGGAGACUAUAAGACUGAAGCUGGCAAACCUCACACAAAAUGCGAAGAAGAGGAAGCACUUGCAGCGCACAACAACCACAGCAGCGGCCACACAAACAGCAGCAGCAGCAACGGCAACAAAAUCAAAGGUUAAUCCCCGGCCAACGCUGUUCGCUGCUAAUGUUGCUAAUUGUUGGCCAAGCAGUUUACGCUUCGACGGCCGGCAGUGAGUUAAUCGCAAAUCGCUCGGCGACAACUGCUGAAUCGCCGAUAAUGUUGGCGAAUUUCACCGCUGCCACGCCUCCCGCCCCACGAUUCAGCAGCCCCUUUCGGGAGCAGGAUGUGGCCGAGGGGGAGGAGGAGGAGGAGGAGGAAGCUGCCGGUGGAGGGCAGGCCAAUUGGCUGGAGGAGCAGCAUCCGCUGACCAUUUCCCGACCACCGCGUGCGGGACGCAGCGAGCGGCAGGCUGAGGAGGAUCAGGUGGACCGGUGUCGUCUCUUCGUCGAGGGCGAUCCCACCAAGAACGAGCUGUACAGCCCCGAGUAUCCCAAUCUGUAUCCGAAGAACAUCAACUGCACCCGGGUGAUAACAGCGCCAAAGGGACAAAUCAUACGCCUGGACUUUCGCAACUCGUUUAAUAUCGAGGCCAAGGAGGGGUGCAAAUUUGAUUUUCUCGAAAUACGGGAUGGCCAGUACGGCUUCUCCUCGCUGAUUGGCAAGUUUUGCGGCACCGACUUUCCGCCGGAGAUCACCUCCAAGGAGCGAUAUUUGUGGCUACACUUUCACUCCGACGAGACCAUCGAGUACACCGGUUUCAGUGCUGUGUAUGAGUACCUGGACAGGAGUCGGGAUGCGCCCAGCACCGAUCUCAAUUGCACCAUCGACAAGGGCGGCUUCGAGGGCUUCAUCAACUCCACGGAUGUGCCGGCCGAGAUCUGGGAGCAGGUCAAUCAUAACAAGAUCGCGCUGGACUGCAUCUGGCGCAUUCAGGUGAAGGAGAAUUGGAAGAUAUUCCUCAAGUUUCUGGACUUCAAGCUGAGCAAGCCGAACGAUUGUCAAACCAACUUCCUGGACAUAUUCCCGGAGCAGACGGUGAUGCCACUGAGGGUUAAGAACUUUUGCGGUUCAGCUGGCGAGAGCAUUACGGCGGAGUCAAACAUCCUGCAUUUGCGCUUCUACGCAGAUCAAACCGCGAUUAACUCCACAUUCGGCAUUCUGUUCACCGCGUUCCGGGAACGUGGAGCUGCUUGCACCGAGGACGAGUACGAUUGCGAGGACGCGACCUGCAUAUCAAAGGAUUUGAAAUGUAAUAACCUAGACAAUUGCAAAUUUCGAUGGGACGAGGAGGGCUGCACGAGCGAGGCGGCCGGGCAAUCGGAGCAUGUGGUCAUCAUUGUGAUUGUGUUUGGCCUGAUACUCGGCGGAAUGGUCAUUACGUUCAUCGUCAAUUGCAUACGCAAGAUAAUACGUGAUCAGAAGAUAAUACGCGAGCACGUACGCGAGUCGAAGGAGAGCAAGCUGGACGAGAUGGGCCGCAAUUCCAAGGGUCGUUCGCGGGAGAACAUAUCCAGGCAAAAGCACUCGCAGACCUCGCUGCAGAUCCUGGAUGAUGUGUCCAACCGAUACUAUCGCGAGGCGGUGCCACUGUCGACGCAGUCCAGCAAGGCGGACUUCAAGGAGAAGGAGCACAGCAUCCUGCGCCGCCAUGCGGACAUGACCCAAACCAGUUUGUGCGGCGUUGGCGAGGAUGAUGGCGAAUCCUCAUCGACGACCACCGCCACACACGAGAUGAUGACAAAGGCGGCCAUGUCGGCGGUGCCCUCCAAUGCCUGCGACAUGGGCUGUCAGACGAGGGAAUCGCUGUUUGUCAACAGUCCCGGAAUUGGAGCGUCGUCGGCGGCUCCGGGUGUUGGUGUUGCUGUUGGCAUUGGUAUUGCCGUCGCUCCCGGCGGCGGUGGUGUUGCCACGCUAAUGAGACAAAAGUCCAGCUCCUCAUCGCUGGCCGGCAGUGGUGUCAGUGGUGGCGCUGGGGGCGGUGCCAUGAUGAUGCCGCCUCCGCCACCGCGCUUCUUCUCCACCUUUGGCUAUGAGCCAUCGGGAUCACCGGCGGUGGCAACGCUGACAAGGCGCAGCAUGCACCAGCAACAGCAGCAGCAGCAACAUCCGCAGAUGCUGCGCCAGGAGUCCAUGGAGAUGGAGGAGCGACACAGCGGCCGCUCGCACUACGGCGGCCUGCUGGUGACCUCGACGGCCAAGCAGCCGCAGGAGAUCUGUCACCAUCAUCACCAGCAUCAGCAGCAGCAGCAUCAGCAGCAGCAGCAACAGCAACAUCAUCAGCAGCAGCAACAGCAGCAUCAUCAGCAACAGCAGCAACAGCAGCAGCGCAUGCACCAUGCACAUCCGCAUCCGCCGAGUAUUGCUGCACGUUUGCCGGCGAUGAAGGGGCAUGCAACAGCCAUGGGACAGACAACGAUCCUGCCCGGCGGCAACAAGCAGCAGCAGCAGCAGCAGCAUCAGCAGAAGAACGAGGAGUCCAAAGUGUUUAUCGACAUACGGAAUUCAGCGCCAGACGUGAUUAUCAUGACGUCCCAUUGACAUUUAAGGAUGGCCCGCCAAUCAGCAACAACAACAAUGGUAGAGAGCAGCAGCAGGAGCAGGAGGAGGAGCAGGAGGAGGAGCAGCAGCAACAACGGCGAAAAAAGGAUGCGUUACAGCAACUGGACAUCGGCCAACAUAUUAACCGCAGCCGCAGCGUCGCUGAUGACACAACAAGGACACAACAGCGGAGGCGCGUUGCAAUCAGACAAGGAGGCGGUGUUGGUGGUGCUGCUGGUGUUUUUUCAACUCAUCAACCCACCCACACACACACCCAUACACACACCCACACACACACCCAUACACACACCCACAGUUACACACACAUCCGGUACGCAUACCAUUGCACUCAUUGCGUUCUUAAAGCAAGGUUUUUCACAGCCUCGCAAGUUUUUCACAACUUAUCAGUAACUUUGAAACUUUAUCAGUAACUAUUGUUUUUAAACAAGUUUUCCAAGUGACUAUAUGGUUUUUGGGAGCUGGCUUAUGAGCGCAGUUUGUACAUAUAUACAGUUGCGUUUAAUUUAAUUAUGCUAUUUAAUAUAAUCAGCUCAUAAGCGUCUUGAAAAACUCUUAAAUUGUACAUAUUUAUUUAUAUUAUUGCCUUUUGUUAAAUAUUCAAACAUGUACGACAACUGCAACUGUGUAUAUAAAUGCAUGAAGCUUUUGAAGAAAGGAAGAUUUACAGAAAGAUUCCCCUUCUCUUGGGUAACAUUUUUAUUCGAAAUUUCCACACCAAAUGCAGUAUGGUGUAACAGGCAAUUGAAGGGCCUUUAAGACGACAUGAGCCCACUAAUGGCUAAUAGCUGGACAGCAACUGGGGCUGACUGGGCAAGACAAAUGGAAGAUGUGUUGGCCUCGCUGGCCAGCCCCUUUGCAAUAGCCAUGUGGGUAAUAUGAGGACCAAAAAGGGAUCCAGGCCGGGGCGGGGCGGGGGAAAACUCGGAAAACUCAAAGAAAGAGAGGGAGAGAGAGUGCGAGUGCGAGCUGUUCCAGUUGUCGUAGCCGACGGACCGCAAUUGCUGGCGACAUUUGCCGGACAUUCUACGGCUGCGACAGCGGCAUUUUCAGCUGGAAAACAAUGCGAACGCAGGACACAGAUACGGAUGCGGAUACGGAUGCGGAUCCGGAUGCGAAUGCGAAUGCGAAUACGAAUGCAGAUACAAAUACAAAUACAUGGUAGUGGUAGUGGCUGUGGGUGUAGGAGUAAAAGUGGGACAGACACUAAGCAGACCGCUGACAACGUGGCGUAUGAGCAACAUGUUCCAGAACAUUGUUAUCGGACUCCAUUCUAGCAUUCGAGCAUUCUAGCAAACAUACACCUUUCCACAUUUUCACUUUUCCACUUUUCCACAUUUCCCGCACACCCGUUUUCCACCCCGUUUUCCAACCGUUUUCAACCCGUUUUCAGCUUGCAAAAAUACUCGACAGCAACUUCUUCAUUUACAUGCAUUGCGGACGUGGUCCAUUUCACGACGAUGUCGCGACCAGAGUCCAUCCAUCACGGGCACGUGCCCGUGGCUCCAUUUCGCUCUUGGAUCCACCUACACUUGGGGUUGGGCAUUUGGGGCUCUGCUACUGGUUACAGCUUCUGGUUAUGGUACUGCUUCUGGUUCUGCUUCUGGUUGUGCCCCUGCAACUGCCGGCAAAUAGUUGUUUUAAUUGAAAUCAGAGUGGUCCACUGCGCUAGUUACAUAAAAUUCAUUUCUCCUCUCUAUUCAUAAACCGCAGCAGGUGCCCUCCAUUUGAACUCGUUAAUUUAUAAUGACUAAAAAAUUUAACCAGCUAGCGUCAGUAAACUCAACCAUGAUGAUUCCUUAGUGCUCCUUCAUAGGUUUAAAUAUUGAAAACAGUCAUUUAGCUUGAAAUUUAUAAUAUAACGUGCAAAAUCGAUUUUAAAUUCGAUCUAAAACUAUGUGAAACAUACGUUUAAAGCUUAAAGGCCGCCCUCGAAUGGGGCAAGUAUUUUUCUAACCCAUGUUGACAUUCGUGCAGCACUCAAUGGGUUAACGAAGGACCUGGGUAAUCUUUUUAGUUCAUCUGCCAUCCAAGUCCCUUUCAAUUAGAUAAAUUAGCUGUGGCCACAGAUAUCUCCGCACCUGGAAAAUGGAAAAUGGAAUCCGACGGUUCGCAAUUAGCGUGGAAACCGUAAUGCGGUUAGUUUUUGGGUUUUUGGUUUUUGGGUAUUCGGAUUUGAAGUUUUCAGUUGGCCAGGAUCAACCCCACCGGCAAUUUGGAGUGGUGGUCUGAGUGGUUGCGAUGGUGUAAAUAUUGUCGCAGCUGGCCAAAAAAGUGCUGGCUUCUGAAUGGCUUCUGAAAAAAUAAAGAUGGCAAUGACAAUGAGGUAGCGGUGGUGUGGCAAAUCCAUUUGAUUGAUUGAAUUUAAAGAGCAGCGACAGCCACGCGGGAAAAUGGGAAAGCGGAAAAUUACAAGACCACCGCUGUCUGAUAAUGAUGAUGAUAAUGACGAUGACGAUGGUAAUGGUGAUGGAGAUGAUGAUGGUGCAGUGCUGCACGAUUUUUAUAUUGCUCUAGGGAAAGCUCAAAUCAUUAGAGUGAUUAAAGGUCGAGCUGACUUGACAAGAGUUCCUUUGACUUGACUCGGACCCUCAUCAACUCGAGCUCAGCUCUCAAAUCAGUCAUGGGAAAUUCUUGAGUUCCAAAUUCUGUCAAAAUGUAUACAGGCAAUUUUAAUUCGGUUUUUUCGAUGAAAAUUUAUACUUGUAUUUUGCGUUUACCUAUCUGGUAAAUUUGUUUCACACUUCUAUUAAGCACACUAUGUAUUUUAAGCAUCUUGACCCUUAUCAUCUUGUCCCUAAAAUCAGGAUAAAGCUUUCAGCAAUUUAUGCAAAAUUAUGCCAAAAACCAAAAGUCAGCUAAGAAAAUGUUGCCAACUGUGUAUGUUUUUUGUGAUACAAAUUCACACUGCUAACAUUUGUUUCAAUUUUCAACAAAAUCCAACACGUUUUUCAACAUCACAUUUAUUUCUAAGACACGCAAAAACAUUUGAAAACGAUGUGAAGUCGUGAAAAGUAAUACAAAUUGUACAUUUAAUUUUAGGAAAUAUUCUAUAUUAUAUUUUGUUAGCACUUCUAAACACAUCAUCUUGCAAAAAAACGUAUUUAAAGCCAAGGAUCUGUUUGUACAUAAAACGAAGGAGAACAUUUACGUUUUUUUAGGCUUAAACAAGACCUACUUAUAAUUGUUAAAUGAAUUUUCUAUUAAUCAGUUGUAACCCUGAGAAGCGUAGUCAACUUUUUCUAGCUAAACUUUAAGAUGAAAUUUAGCGAUUUUACUAAAGAAAACCAAAACCAGCAUCAAGUAACUAUACUAAAGUAUAAAAAAAACUAAAAGCUAAAAAAAGUAAAUCGAUACAAUGUGUACUAUAAGUCAGCUAUGCCUAGGAUUAAGUUAAAUGUAUAUUUUUUUUUUAUAUAAAAACAUAUACAUAAAUACUGAAAGUAUCAAAAUUAACUACAGAGAAACGCAGCAAAAAAAAAAAAAGAAUAUUUAAAACCUUGUCUUUUUUUUUAUCAAAAUGACUGCAAGCAUUGUAAUUGUAAAUUGUCGAGCGACAAAAAAAAAGGAAUACACAUACGAGCAUUCAAAUAAAUAACUAAAAAAAAAAAUGCUUCAAAAUGUAUGGAUUAAAUGGAUAUGGCGAAAGAGAUAAGAGCGUAGAAUAGUGUGUGAGGAUUUGUGGAUUUGUGAGUAUAUCUGAAUGUGUGUAAAAUAAGCCCAAAAGCGAUCGAAUAAAAAUUAAUUUUGUGGAAAUGUGAA